AUGGUCGAACUCACGCUGCACCCGGGCGGGCCGACGACCGACGAGCUCCACCUCGCGCGGACGGCCUUCAAGGAGCUCAUCGCGGCCGUCGAGACCGACUCGCCCAUGCACUACCCGCCCGAGGUCGCGACCUUGACCGCGACGACGACGCUCAAGGCUUCGCUGCACGACAUCUGCGGCCUCUUCCAUAAGGCGGCCACCACGGGCUUUGGCCUCCAUACGACGCGCACCGAGCUGCUGCGAACGCUGCUGCCGCUCACCGAGCACUCGUUUGCGGGCAGCCGCUGGAGCCUCCUCCCGCUACCGAUCCCGCUCGUCCAGCGCCGCGACCUGCGCUACGUCGAGUACUUUGACACGUUCAUUACGUCGCAUGGCCGCGUGGGCUUUGCCCGCGCCUUGCACUCGGUCGACGACGACGACUGCAGGCCAGUGCGCGGCUGCGUCCGCGCUAAGGUGUUUGCCUCGGGGUAUGUCUUUCGCGAGUGCAGCGACUUGGCCGGCGCGUACACGGUGACGCUCGUGCUGAAUGUCGACUUUGGCGGCCACCUCCCGACCGCGUGCGGCGACGUCUUUUGCAAACGCUGCUGCGACGAGCGCACGUGCACCGACUGCCGCGUCGCUGUGUACUCGCCAUCGUCGCUGCGGCCGUCGAUGCUGGACGACACGAUGUUUCGGUCGGCGGGCCGGAACCGCCUCGAGAGCUCGCGCAGUGCGUACAACUUGCGCGUCGAGGCCGAGCACCUUGGCGGCGCCGAGCCGAGCAGUGCCCCGGAAGGCCGCCUCAAGAGUAGCAGCGUCGUCGACUUGUCCUACUUGUCCGAUUUCGCGACCGAAGGGAUUGACGUCUAG